GAAACCAAAGAUUUUAUUUGACUACCAAAGCCAGGCACUUGGGAUAUUUUAAUGGUUUUCCAUAUGGGAAUUUUUUUUUUUUUUUUUUUUUUUUUUUGCAGGCACGAGGGUUUUUUUGGUUCUCUGUAAUAUGGUUGGGAAUUCAAUAUUAAGAAGUAGAGAAUCCCAGCUACUCAGGAGGCUAAGGUGUGAGGAUCACUUGAAGCCAGGAGUUCAAGAUCGACCUGGGCUAUGUAGAGAGACCCUGUUCCAAAAAAGAUGUAAAGCUGGAAGGAAACCUGGGGGUCAGCUGGACUGGCCGCCUUUGUUGACAAGGCAGGAAAGCCUGGCUCAGGACCGCCGAAUGAUUUGUCCAAGGUGAGCGGUGGCAAAGCUGGAACCAGAAGCUGCUAGAUGUUUGCUGCCCCUUAAACUCCAGCACCAAACCUCCCUCUGUCCCCAAAGACCAUCUUCACAGGGCAUGGUUAGUGCGUAGUGGAUCUAGGCUCCAGACUGAGGGUCUGUCUGGGAAGGGCUUCUAGGAAUCCCCCAGCUUCCUCGAUAAAGGAUGUGGCUCUGGUUACCCCCCUCCCCCAUUUCCAGAUGGAAAUUUAGCUAAAAAGUGAGGGCCACAGAGCCCAGCAAAGGGCGUGGUCCGUGCCUGUUCCCAAGGGCGGAGCCAGCCAGCAGGGUCACCCUGUUCCUUUAAGAGAAGGGGGAGCGCUAGCCCCUCUCAGCCAUCCUGUCCUGUCCUCCAUCCUGGCCAAAUCCGAAAGGGAAAAUGAAAUAGGGAGCAGGAGGCGCCGGUCCCAGCCACCUCCCAAGGUCCCUGGCUCAGCUCUGACACCCCAGUCCCAGCCCCAGGGUGAGUGGGGUUGGGUGGCGGUUUAGGGGCACCAGGGGCGUGUGGGGACCUGUGUAAGUGUGGGGUGGGGAGGCUCUCAGGAGAUGUGGAGGCUGGAGGCACAGGAGGCCGGGGAGGAGGGAGAAGCCUGGCCUCGCACUCCCACCACGCUGGGGUAGGAGGGCAGGGACACCUCCGACAAAGGACCCCGUGACAGUUAUGAAAGCGGAGUUGCCUCUGUACCAGCCCCCCACCCUGAGAGGAGUUCACUGCAGUAAAAAUGGUGAGAGAAAUGGUGGGCCAAGAAAGGAGUGGUCUCGCUGCCUCUGCGACUCCCACUCCUCCCAUGGGCACCAAAUUGGGUCUAGAGGCUCGGGUUCGAGGCUCCACUCUUCCCACAGCAUCCUUGACAGCUGAGGGCACCGCUGGGUUUCCGCUUCCGAAACCAGGCAAGUCAGGGGCUGGUCCAGCUGAUCUCCAAGGUCCUUCCUAAGAAUCUGGGAUCUGGAGGAUCCCAGGGUCGAACGGAGACGGCUCAGGGGGUGCGGCUAAAAUGCAAAUGGGGGAUCCUCCCCAGCACCCAUCGGCCCCAAAGAGAAGGGAACCCAUAGCUGAGCGUCGCCUGCUCCCCUCGGGCCCUCCCGUGGCCCUCCGUUUCAUACUGGUCUCAUCGCUAAACCCGGGCCUCUCCUACCUCACGACUCACCCUGAAGUCAGAGAAGGUCCAACGGACCCCACCCCGAUGGGCUUGGAAGGGGCAGGGGUCCCUGACUUGCCCCAUCCCCUGACUCCCCGCCCCGCGUCCCCAGCGCCAUGGGGGAGUGGGCGUUCCUGGGCUCGCUGCUGGACGCCGUGCAGCUGCAGUCGCCGCUCGUGGGCCGCCUCUGGCUGGUGGUCAUGCUGAUCUUCCGCAUCCUGGUACUGGCCACGGUGGGCGGCGCCGUGUUCGAGGACGAGCAAGAGGAGUUCGUGUGCAACACGCUGCAGCCGGGCUGUCGCCAGACCUGCUACGACCGCGCCUUCCCGGUCUCCCACUACCGCUUCUGGCUCUUCCACAUCCUGCUGCUCUCGGCGCCCCCGGUGCUGUUCGUCGUCUACUCCAUGCACCGGGCAGGCAAGGAGGCGGGCGGCGCUGAGGCGGCGGCGCAGUGCGCCCCCGGACUGCCCGAGGCCCAGUGCGCGCCGUGCGCCCUGCGCGCCCGCCGCGCGCGCCGCUGCUACCUGCUGAGCGUGGCGCUGCGCCUGCUGGCCGAGCUGACCUUCCUAGGCGGCCAGGCGCUGCUCUACGGCUUCCGCGUGGCCCCGCACUUCGCGUGCGCCGGUCCGCCCUGCCCGCACACGGUCGACUGCUUCGUGAGCCGGCCCACCGAGAAGACCGUCUUCGUGCUCUUCUAUUUCGCGGUGGGGCUGCUGUCGGCGCUGCUCAGCGUAGCCGAGCUGGGCCACCUGCUCUGGAAGGGCCGCCCGCGCGCCGGGGAGCGUGACAACCGCUGCAACCGUGCACACGAAGAGGCGCAGAAGCUGCACCCGCCGCCGCCGCCACCUCCGCCACCGGCCCUGCCCUCCCGGCGCCCCGGCCCCGAGCCCUGCGCCCCGCCGGCCUAUGCGCACCCGGCGCCGGCCAGCCUCCGCGAGGGCGGCAGCGGCCGCGGCAAGGCGUCACCGGCCACCGGCCGCCGAGAUCUGGCCAUCUAGGGGCGGGCACCGCCUCGCGCGGACUGGACGGCGAGGGCCGGACCCCGCCACCUCCGCCCGCACCGCAGAAGCCGGAAGCUGCUUCCACCAGAGCUGUCGCGGGACCUGCCCCGGCAGGAGACGCGUUGUGGGGACGGCCCGCGGGCGGCAUCGCACUUGCCUCGUACUGCCUCCCAGUGGCUGCCGGCGGCACCUGGGGCAGGCCGGGCUGGGGACGGAGAAUGAACUCAGGCAGAUCCUGGAUGCCACCACCCAGGUGGAAAGGAAGGCGACCAGGACCCUGAGAGAGAGUGGACCCGAGGGGGAGAACAGAGCGGAAGGUGGAGAGUGGUUGUUUUACUGGGGACAAAAACAACUGUGAUGCCAGCAUUCUCAGGCACUCUCUGUGUUCAGAGAGAGAGUGGUCCCCCUGUGGGCUCUCUGCGAGUGUGCAUACACGGACACAUAAGCACUGUGAGCUGUGUGCACGCGCACCUGUACACCCUGUGUGAGCGCUGUGCAUGUGCGCGCGUGUCUACACCCUGCGUGAGGCCCACUUGUGCACACAGACACACGUAACCCUCCCGGGUGAGCUGUGUGCACAUGCACACAGAAACAUAUGCCCGUGAGAGCUGUGUACUCACAUCCUUGUGAGCUUUGUGUGAGUGCAUUGUGCACACACGCACAUGUCCAUUCUGUGUGGGCUGCGUGUGCACACCUGUACACAGAAACAUCCUUGUGCGCUAUGUGUGCAUGUGUACAUCCUGCGUGACCUCUGUGUGUGCACGCGUGUGUGUGUGAUCUCUGAUAUGCACUGCGGGGGCGGCCAGGAUCCGAUGCCAGCUGCAGCCACAAUGGCUCCCUCCCUACCACCCUAACCCAGCCCACCUGCCAGGGCAUCACAGGAGGUCUGUCCCCGUUCCCAAGAGACCCCGCCCAGGGAGGGAAGAGGAGGAGAGGCUCCGUUUCCCCGGGCAGGCCUCAAUCCUCGGGAGCCUAUGAGCAGCGUCCUCACUGUACCCCUUGUGGCGAGGCGGGGGCUGGGCGCUUUCAUGGAGGUGGGGUGGGGGUGGGCGGCGGGCCAGAGGGCAACCCAGACGUGUGUUAUGCCGCCCUCCUCCAUCUUCAUCCUCCCCGCCGCUACUGCUCCCCCAGGCUAUAAACGGGAAAGUCCCUUCUGUCCUCAGGAGAAAGCUCCCAAAACACACGCGCUCCCGGCCCUGCCUUCCCUUCCAACCACCCCCUUCUUCCUACUUGCGGGCAUUCGAAGAGCUGCUGCCUAUGCAGCGCAUCCCCCUCCUGUGUCUCCCCUCCCGUCUGCCCUCCCCCUUCACCAGCCAGUGGGCUGCUCUCCAUAAGAUCACCCAGGACCUAAGCGAGAAAUCCAGGGGCCGUCAUCGGACUGCACCUUGAGGGCCUCACCGCAUCCUGCCUACCAGGCUGUGCGUUCCCCCGCCAUCACCCCACCCUGUCCUUCUGAGUUCCUGGCGUCUUUCUCAGCUCUCCUGUGCCCCACACAGCAGUGGGAGGUGUUUCUGAAUAGCCCCCCCCCCCCCCACUUAAACCCGGGACUGAGGGCAGCACCCCUGCCCUCAGGGUGAGUCAAGCGCCUUCACAAAGCUUCCUUCUGAAGCCCUGCCCCUGUCAGGCCUUCGACCCCACAGCACCGGCUUCCAGGUGUGCUCAGAACCAUAGGGAAUUUUCUGUUCUAACAAGCACCAGACCCGCUUGCUGCCAAGCGUUUGAACGUGCUGUUCCUUUGCCCAGAGUAGCCGCUGCUUCCUGCAGCCUUCUCCUCCCCUAGCUAAUGCCCACCCACCUAUUGUUGUCACUUGGGAAGAAAACAGACACCUUCAAGGAGAGGGCUCCCCUGGUAGCCCCCACCCCAAGACAGAGCUGGAUGCCCCUCGCUUCCCUAGGGAAAGCACUUCUCCUGCAGGAUGGCAUUGCUCUCUCCCCUUCCAUGGCACGUAGUAUGUGCUCAGUAAAUAUGUGUUGGAUGAGAAACUGAAGGUGUCCCCAGGCCUACACCACUGCCAUGCCCGAACACUAUCCAUGCUAUGGUGGGCACCAUCUCUCUGAUGACAGUUCUGUGUCCACAACCCAGACCCCUCCACACAAACCCAGAUGGGGCUGUGCCACUGUUUUCCAGAUGUAUUCAUUCAACAAAUAUUUGUAGGGUACCUACUGUGUGUCAGGUGAUGUUCAAGAUCAGCAUCAUCCGAUGGAAAUAGCACGUGAGCCAUGUAUGUAGUUUCAAGUUUUUCAUUAGCCACAUUAAAAAGGUAAAAGGAAACAAGUGAAAUUAAUUUUAGUCACGUAUUUUAUUUAACCUAGCACAUCCAAAAUAUUUUCAUCUUAAUGCCUCAUUGAUAUUAAAAAGUAUUAAGGAGAUAGUUUACAUUCUUUUUUUCAUACUAAGUCUUCCAAAUCUGCACCCACCUAGCCAAUUCUUUCCUCUAGAGAUUUAGCAAUGAGCCUCGG